UGAUCGUAUGGAGUGGAAUUAUGUUUCGGAUGUCUUGGAUAAAAUGGGUUUCUCAACACAGUGGACGAGUGUGAUCAUGCACUGUAUUACUUCAGUCAGCUAUCAUAUUGUUCAUGAUGGGAAGGAAUUGGGUCCAAUUAUGCCUACACGAGGAUUGCGGCAAGGAGAUUCCUUGUCCCCAUAUAUAUUUAUCUUGUGUACUGAGGGACUUUCACAGCUUAUAUCGCACAAGGUGGCUAGUUCGGCUUUACAUGGUUGUCGGGUGGCUAGGAGAUGCCCUGAGAUAACUCAUCUCUUCUUUGCCGAUGAUAGCUUGAUUUUCUUCCAUAGCACUGCUGCUGAAGCUCAGGUUGUGAAGGAGGUGGUUUCUACUUAUGCACAGGCAUCUGGGCAGCUCAUAAAUUUCACUAAAUCUGCCAUAUGCUUCUCUAAGAACACGAGACAGAAUGAUCGGGCUGGUGUGUGCUCUGUGUUAGGCGUGGAAGAGCAUUCAAGUUUGGGCAAAUAUUUGGGUCUUCCAUCAGUGGUGGGCAUAAACAAAAGGGAAAUAUUUGGUUUUUUAAAGGACAAGGUGUGGCAGAAACUUAACUCCUGGAAACGUCGUUGCUUGUCUCGUGCAGGUAAAGAAAUCUUACUAAGAACAGUGCUCCAAGCACUUCCUAAUUAUGUGAUGAGCAUGUUCCUAAUCCCUAAAACUCUUUGUCACGACCUCCAACAGAUGAUGAAUAUGUUUUGGUGGGGUAAAGGUAUUAACCAUGAAAGGGGAAUCCAUUGGAUGAGUUGGGAUAGGAUGAGUCAACCAAAAUUUGUUGGAGGGUUGGGCUUCAAGAAGUUAAGGGAGUUCAACUUGGCUAUGGUUGGAAAGCAAGCUUGGAAUAUUGUGACUAAUCCUUCUUCUUUGGUGGCAAGGUUAAUUAAAGCUCGUUAUUUUCCUGAUGCUAAUUUUAUCACGGCUCGUCUGGGGUCUAAUCCGAGCUAUUUUUGGCGAAGCAUUUGGGAAGCACAAUCUGUUAUUAAGGCCGGUAUGUGUUGAAAAGUUGGAAAUGGACAGCAAAUUCAAGUCUGGGAAGAUCCUUGGAUCCCAAAUUUGCCUUCCUCCUAGGUGCAAACAUCGCAGCCUGUUAACUCACAGGUAAACUUUGUUCAUGAUUUGAUGAUUAAUGGUUUUUGGAAUUUGCCAUUGUUACGUUCAAUUUUUAGUAUGGAAGAGCAGCAGGCCAUACUGUCUAUUCCCCUCCCUCGAUUUGCUGCUAGUGACAGAUUGAUCUGGAAGUUGGAGCCAAAGGGUCAAUAUUCAGUUAAAUCAGUUUAUAAAUUCCUAACUAAUAUUGGGGAUGGAGUUGUGGGAGGUCAUAUUAGUGCGAUGUGGCGGAAAUUAUGGAACGUUAGGGCUCCUCCUAAGUGUCGCGACUUAGUGUGGAGGGCAGCCAAUAAUGCCAUACCAGUUUUGCAGCUGCUUCAACAGCGACAUGUUCCUGUGCAUAAUUCAUGUCCUUUAUGUAAUUCUGUUAGUGAAUCUGUGCUCCAUGUGCUGGUUACAUGCCCUUUUGCCAAGAGGGUAUGGCU